UGUCGCUGUCUGUCUUUUCAAUCAAAUAUAACCUACAAAAGAAACAAAUACAACAGAAAAUUUUAACUUGAAUUAAACAAAUAAAACAGUUGUUUUAAUAGGAAUAAUUUUGCGUGUAUGAUAAAAUGUCUUCAGAUGAAGAGGAUUAUAUGUCUGACAAGUACCUAUUCAAGGAAUCAGAAGAUGUGCGCCCUGGUUUACCAAAACGAAAAACUGAUCAACGCGCAUUUGAACAAUACAAAAAACGAUUGAAAUCAACUAUUCCAAACAAAAACGAACAAGAAGUGCUUAAAAGAGAUGAAGGCCUCAACACAGCCAUUGCCAGCACCAACAAAGGUUUUCAAAUGCUGGCAAAAAUGGGCUACAAAACAGGCACAAGCCUAGGUUCAUCCAAUACUGGCAUAGUUGAACCUAUAAGCAUAAAUCUAAAGUCAGAUAAAGGUGGCUUAGGAAAGAAAUCUAAAACUAACAGCAUAAAAACACCCAAAAUUGAAGUCACCAAAGAAAUGGAAGAGGAAUACAGAAGAGGUGUACAAGAUAAAAAGAACAUGCAGAUGAUAAGAAAGUUUUACUAUAAGGCACAGACAUGUUGCAUGAAUUUAGACCAUCAGAAUCAUGUGAAUCUGCCUGUGAAAGACUUUUAUUGGCCUAGGAAACUUGUUGACAAGAUGAAAAAGAAAAAUAAAAAGAAAUCAACAACAAAAGAUGAUGAAGAAUAUGAUUCAGAAGAAAGAAGUGAUAAUGAAGAAGAACAAGACCUAGAGGAAGAGGAAGAAGAGAUUAAUGAAGAAUUGUUGAAGGAAAUUGUUGGACAUUUGAGAGUAAAUUAUUUUUAUUGUGUUUAUUGUGCUGCAAAGGCUGCAGAUCAAGAAGAUCUAGAUUCUUUUUGUCCUGGUGAGAGUUAUGAUGAUCAUGAUAUGGAUUAAACAUUUCUCAGACAA